AAUUUUAGAUUUAGAUUCUCUAGAUAGAAUAUAUGUAGAUUCUAGAGGUAUAUUCCAUUUCCAUUAAAAUCUAUACUGCCAAAUGUCACUCAAAGAAGUGCGCAAUAUUUCAAAAUUAUGAACAAUAGUUAAAAUCAUUGCCAAAAUUCCAGUUGUAAUUUUUUGACUCUUUAAAUCAUUCCUAAAUUUAAUUACAUAUUUUUAAAAGUAAGACAAAUAAAUAAUUUCAUUGUUAAAGUUAUAAAACGCAGUAAGCUUUCUUUUAUUUUGACAUUGUAUUGACUAGUGAGCAGUUGAGUCAUAUCAUCGAUUAUUUUGUUAGACAACAAGAAAAAGGAAAACCAAGAAGACACGUAGAUUUUGUUGCUAAUCGAAGUCUUGUUUUGUAAAUUUCAGUAUUUAAAUAAGUGCGAUGAAGUUUCAAUAUAAAGAAGAGCACCCUUUUGAAAAGAGGAAGUCCGAGGGAGAGAAAAUUAGGAGAAAAUAUCCAGACAGAGUCCCCGUAAUUGUUGAAAAGGCCCCCAAAGCAAGAAUUGGUGAUGUUGACAAAAAGAAGUAUUUAGUACCUUCUGAUCUGACAGUAGGUCAAUUUUAUUUUCUUAUUAGGAAAAGGAUACACUUGAGACCCGAAGAUGCGCUUUUCUUCUUUGUGAAUAAUGUCAUUCCACCAACAUCUGCUACUAUGGGAUCCCUUUACCAGGAACAUCACGAGGAAGAUUUCUUUUUAUAUAUCGCUUACUCCGAUGAGAAUGUAUAUGGAGGUGACCUGUAGAAACAUACCCCUGAACGAUUAAUCUAUAUUUUACGGUUCAGCAAUCUGAUUUUUAAUGUAUAACUGAAAUUUAUUAAAUAGUUAACAACAACUUUGUGAUUAUUAAAAAAAAUUUCAAGUUUUUCUUUUGGGUUACUGACAUUUAUUAUUAGUUAUGGUGAUUAUGAUUUUUUUAUUUAAGGAAUAAGUACGUAUGUGCACAUAUUUAAUCUUAAGAGAGCUACAGCUAGAUAUUAGAUCUUAUCCACCUGAUUUGAUGGAUUUAAUGUAUUUAGAUAUUGUGAUUAAAAUUAGUUAAGUUCCAAAAAAAGUAAUAAAAUGUUUAUUUAAGAUUCA